GUGCCACAGCUUCCUGGUAGACAAUCAUAACCAAUCAAGCCAAUUGCAGCGGCGCCGAGAUCGCCCGCACAAUUCAGCCGCGAUCGACCGCACAAUUCAGCCGCGACGACGACGAUGAGGCUCGCCGGCCUCCUGCUAGCGUUGCUGAUCCACGGAGGCUCGCCGGUAGAACUCUCGCCGGUAGACAAGGAUACAUUCCCGCGUUAAAACUCAUCGGCGGGAUCCUCAACGCGAAGGAUUUGGGCAUUGACAAGAAGAAGACGUACAAGAAGAAGCACCACCAUCAUCACGAGUAUCGACCUGCGUGGAAAUCAACCAGUGAGUUAGUGUUUCGGAGGGAGACGACAUCGCGUCGAUGGCGUGCGGUGCCUAAAAUUUGAUUUCCACACAGGGAUCCGGUCACAGCCGCGGCCCAUACGAUCCAGAAAUUGUUCAAAGGUAAGCAGUCGCCGGCCACGAGCCAGGUGUCCGCCGAGCUGUCGCCUUACGUCGCCUCCGAACGCUUCCGCAGCGAGGAGUCGCCGCCGCAGAACGUCGUCGUCGCCGCCGUGGCGUAUCCCUUCAAGGCCGUGGCAGGGUUGUUUAUGCCCGCGCCGCAGCGCCGCCAGUCCGACGGGGACCUCUCACCGAUGACGGCGAGCCGACCUGUGAGCCGCGCCAACACCUCGACCACGACUAUGCAUUCGCCGCCGCCUGCGCCGCGGAUGCUCGACGACCACGAGCUCCCGCGGCCACCGAUCGCUCGCAACGAACGCGGGCUCGGGAGCACGUGGUACGGCGAGUCCUGA